AUGGAGAGACAUAACAAUAAUACUGCACUGCCAUUGGUUGAGAACCAUUCAGAUUAUAAAUAUCCCCUAAUACUUAAAAAGGAAGGUGAUAAAGAACUUAGUGACAUCUGCCCAACAACUCAUCCAUAUCCAUUCCUGGAAGGAAGGAAAUGCUGCCAGAAAAAUCUGGAAAACCCAUUGGUUGGUGUUACAACAGGGACUAGAGGACUACUAACCAUCAACAGUACUUCAUGCAGUUACCCAUCAGUUGAGUGUGAAGUAAGGUAUAAAUGCUCUGUGAAUAGUAUCAUUGGAAAUCUGUUGCAAAUGAACAUUGACAUGGAUCCUGGUAGCACUUGGAAUGUUAACACACUGUCAAAUGAAAAUGAGUGUCAACAAUAUUGUGAGACUGCAACUGAAUGCAAGGGUUGGGUAUGGACGGGUAGUUGUUACCUGUAUACUAGUGGAGUCACCAUCAGGAAUGCAAGGUCUGAUUGGGUGGGAGGGUUCAAGUCCAGCUACAUCAACAUUCCAUUUGCAUGAAUGUUCUUCUCUCUAUGAAUUUGGAAUUUGAAAUUCAGACACUUUUAAUCUGCUUUAAAAUGACACUAUUAAAUCAGGGGACAUUAGAUCCAAAUCUAACCAUUGGCCUAUUUCUAACAGUGGGCACAAAUUGAAAGACUGGGUUUUUAGAAUAACGGCCCAUAUUGAGAUUAAAAGUCGACAGUGAAAACUAUAACCAAUAUUUUAUUAAGCAUAACAAGAAUUUAAAAUUCCCAAUUUUAAACUAUUUUCUGAAAUUAUUCUCACAUUAAAACCCUUGAUAGUUUUAAAGAAAAUGUCAGGUUUUCCAUGUUUGAAUAUAUCCUAAAUUGGAAUCAUUCUCGACAAAAACAUGUCGUGUUUUUGAGUCAAACCCAUUUUCUUGUUUCUGAGUAAAUUAAAAAAAACUUAUUUUCACAACUUAUCUUAUUCUCUCAUAUAUAUACUUGGAGAUUUAUCUUAUACUCUCAUAAAUAUACUUGGAGAUUUAUCUUAUACUCUCAUAUAUACUUUGAGAUUUAUCUUAUACCCUCAUUUAUAUACUUGGAGAUUUAUCUUAUACUCUCAUAAAUAUACUUGGAGAUUUAUCUUAUACUCUCAUAUAUACUUUGAGAUUUAUCUUAUACCCUCAUUUAUAUACUUGGAGAUUUAUCUUAUACUCUCAUAUAUAU